AUAUAUAUAUGUAUGUAUGUAUGUUCGACACAUAAUUAAUUAAGGCUAAGUCUAAGUCAGUCUCCCUCGCUCCUCCUGCUCCCAUGGCAAAUCACAACUCUGAAUUAUCCGACCAAGUCCCGGACCUGGACCAGGACCAGGACCAGCAGCAGCUCCACAUAGUGAUGAUCCCAUUAAUGGCGCCCGGCCACAUCAUCCCCAUCGUCCACAUGGCCAAGGUCCUGGCCCGCCGCGGCCUCUCCAUCACCCUCGUGCUCCCGCCCCUCACCGCCGCCCGCUUCCGCCCGGCCCUCGAAACCUCCAACAAUGACAAGAAAAUGAUCCGGGUCCUCCCGGUCCCGUUCCCCGCCGAGGCCGCGGGGCUCCCGCCGGACUGCGAAACCGUGGACCGGCUGCCGUCGAACUCGCUGGUCCGCACUUUCUACAUCGCGAUCCGGCGGUUCCAGCAGCCGGUCGAAGCCGCCCUCCGGUCCCUCCCGGCCGCCGCCGCCCCCGCCGCCGUGAUCUGCGACAAGCACCUCCCCUGGACCGCCGCCACCUGCGCCGAAUUCCAAAUUCCGAGGAUAAUCUUCGACGGCAUGGGCUGCUUCGCUCAGCUUGUAAUAAAUUUACUCUACGAGUCCAGGGCGUAUGAGAAUCGUCCGCUGAUGGAGCCCUUCCCCGUGCCGGGAUUACCCGACCCCGUCAAGUUCUGCCGCGCACAGCUCCCGGGGAUGUUCAAUCCCGGCUCCUUUGAGGCCUACGAUUUCCGGGCCGAGGUGCGCGCGGCAGAGCUACAAGCUUACGGUGUCGUCAUCAAUACAUUCGAGGAGCUCGAGACGAGCCACGUCGCCGAGUACCGUCGCCUCAGGGCCGGGAAGGUCUGGUGCGUCGGCCCACUAUCCCUCGCGGUCUCCGACGACGCAGAGAGAGGAGAAAACCCGGACGCCGAGAAAUGCCUAAAAUGGCUCGACGGGAAGAAUCCGGGAUCGGUCGUAUACGCCUGUCUCGGCAGCCUGAGCCGCCUCCCGCUCGAAAAAUUCGUCGAGCUCGCCCUUGGCCUGGAAACGUCGAACCGGCCGUUUAUCCUGGCGGUGAGGGGCGUCGAUACCUCGAUCGACGAUUGGAUCCGUGACGACGGGUUCGAGGACAGAGUGUGCGGAACCGGGCUAUUGGUCCGUGGAUGGGCCCCACAGGUUGCGAUACUUUCGCACGGCGCCGUCGGAGGAUUUCUGACGCACUGUGGAUGGAAUUCGACACUCGAGGGGAUUAGCGCCGGCGUGCCGAUGAUGACGUGGCCAAUGUUUGCGGACCAGUUUUUGAACGAGAAGCUGGCGGUGGAGAUUUUGGGGGUGGGGGUGGGGGUGGGGGCUAGGGGGGUGGUGCAUUUGGGGGAGGAGGAUAAGGUUGUCGAGGAGUACGAGGAAUGUUAUAAAGUGACAAGAGAUGGGAUAAGGGAAGCCAUUGAAAGGGUUAUGAAGGAAGAUGAAGAAGAAGGAAUGGAGAUGAGGAAAAGGGUACGGAGACUUGCUGAGCUGGCGAAGAAAUCCGUUGACAGAGGAGGGUCGUCUUGUCGGAAUCUUACAUUGCUCAUUCGAGAAAUUGGUCGGAUGAACAAGAACAAGGAGAAGGGCAAUAAUAAUAAUAAUAAUAAUAAUAAUAAUAAUUGAAUAGAUGUUUGGAGUUUGAUAAGAUGAUAAAUUUUAUAUAAUUAUUAUGCUUUUAUUAGAUAAUAAAUUUAGUGUGUUGUUUUGAUGUAUGGUUUCGAAUAUUUUAGUAUAUAAAUAAUACUUGUAUGUGUGUUGGUUUGUUUUUUAUUUGUUUA